AUGGCCCGUAUUGAGGCUUCAAAUGAGAUAGAAAGGAUAACAGCCAACAGCCUAACCAUCUACACAGACGGCUCAAAAAUAAACGAGAAAGUUGGAGCAGGGUUCCACAUCCCCCACCUCAACCACUCCAGGAGCUUUAGGUUGACAGACGGCGCCUCCAUUUUCACUGCCGAGCUAACGGCCAUCCUUAUGGCCCUCGAGUACACCCCAACAACCCCACAUACCAGCAUCAGUAUAUUAUCCGACUCCCUGUCAGCAUUACAGGCCAUUAAAGGGGGAGAAUGCUGCAGGGACGACAUUGCAGAAGAAAUUCUUCAUAAAUGCUCCGAGUGGAAACAAAGGGGUCGCUCGGUGCAAAUGAUCUGGAUUCCCUCCCAUAUCGGCAUACAAGGUAACGAGAAUGCCGACAAAGCUGCUAAAAAGGGAGUGGAAUCCAGAGCUAUUGUGAAAACGGGAAUAGGCUAUUCCGAAAUGAAAGCUACUAUAAAGAAACAAAUAAAAGAAGAAUGGAUUCAAAAAUGGAACGCAAGCGACAAGGGUAGGCACGCCCACAACAUACUUCGACCACCCGACGGGAGACUGCAGGUUACAGAAGACCAACGGCCACCCAUUAAUAAAAAAAUUACAAGGCUGCGUCUAGGAUCAGCCUCCUUCAUUCACACAAAGAAAUGGUGCCACACCUGCAAUGAAAUAAACACAAUAGACCACUACCUAAUACACUGUAAGGCAUACAACAAUCAAAGAAAAGAACUCAUCAACUACUUCCAGACAAACAAAAACACAUUACUAACAACAGAAACAUUACUGGCUAUGGACGCCCCAUCCACUCUGCAUAGCCUGUUAAAAACAUAUGUGCACAAAACCAAAGAAUCAGUCUAA